UUCAUUCAAAAUUCCAUUCGCCGCUCGGCGCAAGCAAGGAAAACACGUGCGUUUGCUGUUUGGUGCUGUUUUGCGACGUUGUUUGUAAAGUUAAGCGUAAAGUUCCGGAUUUGUUCAGUUCGCCAUGGAAUCCGACCAGGAGGAUGAGGUCCCCAACGUUAACUUCGUGCCGAGUUUGCUGUUUGUGAAGCGCGGUGUCGCCAAACCCAAUCCCGACAAGGUCACUUUAACUCCCGGGGAGUUGGCGCGGAUUAUCAACGAUACGCGGGACGAUUUGGAAGAGGAUGGUGCCGAAGGUAUGGAUACUUCCGAUGACGAGGAGAACGAGGAAAGUGCGGCCCGGUUGACGGAUCGCGCCGAAACAGCUCAGGCUUCCGGCAGUGGUUCCCGAGUGGCGACAGGGGACGAGUUUGGCUUCGAGGGAUACGAGCAAGAAUCCGGAGAACCUGUGGUGCGAUUGAGCUCGGUGGCAGUAGUAGAUCCAGAGGAAAACAUUCAGGAUGAGGAUGAUUCAGAUGCAGAAGAUGAAGUCAUCAAACCGACGGACAAUCUCAUUCUGGUUGGUCACGUUCAGAACGAUAGUGCUUCAAUGGAAGUUUACAUUUACAACGAGGAAGAAGUAAGUCUGUACGUCCACCACGACUUUCUGCUGCCCAGCCCACCGUUGUGCAUCGAGUGGCUGAGUUUUGACCCGGGCAGUGACAAGCCGGGCAAUUUGUGCGCCAUUGGCUGUAUGGAUCCGGUAAUAACGUUGUGGGAUUUGGACAUUCAAGAUUCGCUGGAGCCGGUUUGCAAAUUCGGAUCCAAAGGCAGUCGGAAGAAGAACAAACCCAAGGUGGGCCACUCGGAUGCGGUGCUGGAUCUGUCGUGGAAUCGUAAUUUGGAACACAUUCUGGCCAGCGGUUCGGUAGAUCAAACGGUGAUCCUGUGGGACAUGGAAGACGGAACCCCGCACACCACCAUCCGAGAUUUCGGUGAGAAAGUACAGACGCUAGCAUUCCAUCCGACGAAAGCGGAGGCCCUGUUGGCGGGAAGUUGCGAUGGCAUGGUGAAGGUCUUCGAUUGUCGAGCCACUAGCAACGACAGCGCCAGUUACAAAUCGUGGAGUUUGGGUGGAGAGGUGGAACGGGUUUGCUGGAGUCAUCACAAUGAGUACCACUUCAUUGCUAGCACCAACGAGGGACGGAUUCACUACGUGGACAUUCGCAACGAGCAUCCACUGUGGUCCAAGGAGAUCCACGAGAAGGAAAUCACCGGUCUGGUGUUGAGCUCGAAGGUGAAGGGAAUGCUGGCGACGGCGUCAUCCGACGGGACGCUGAAGGUUUGGGACUACGAUGAUCAGGAUGCGCGAUUGACGUACAAGAAGAAUCCAAAGAUUGGCGUUAUUCAGUGUUUGGACGAGUGUCCGGAGAAUCCCUUCGUGCUGGCCUUGGGAGGCGAUUUGAAGACGAAGAACUUCACCGUCGUGAAUCUGCUGGAUAACGAUAUUGUUACGAACGUGUUCAAGUCACGAUUUGAUCCUAGUUAUGUGCAACCGGCGACCGAAGGAGGACUUCAGGCUGCAGGGGAAGAUGCCUCUAUGAGUGGCGAUGACGAUGAGGAGGAUGUGUAGUGAAGUGGUAGAUUUACGUUACUUAAUGUUAAAGUGGUAAUGUAAGUUACUACCACGCAUUUUUUGAAAUACAUGUAUAACGCUUAUAAUAAUCAAA